ACCAGCUCCUCCUACUUGACAAGCUAGCCAGCUAGCCGCUGUAAAAGCGGACAGAAAUCUGUAAGAUACUAUAGAGGGCCUCCUGGAUGAGACACAUUCAUCCAGAAAACACAACCAACUGUCUUUAUGGGACGCUUGUUCGGUGGAUAUUUCGACGCGAUGGCCAGCUAGCGAGCAGUCUUAAGCUAGCUGCAGCUAGCUGGUGGGCUAGCCGGGGUUGGAGCUCCGGACCCCCGCAUCCAACUCUGCCUUCUUCGUCUCUUUUGAAAUUAGUUUCCGUGCCAUGCCAUCUUUAUUCUAACCGAGCUUUUGUCUGUGCGUUCAUUAAAUGAAUUUAUCAAGGGAAAGGCUUUCUUUUUGAAAUAUGUAGGUCACUGUACCCGACCAAUGAUAGUUAUGUGGGUCAUCAUCGGGUUAACCUAUUAGCAAGAACAGCUGGUUAGCACGGUAGCUAGCUGGUUGUGGAUUUUUUGGUCAGUCAUUUAAAACAAAAAGGCAAUAACGUUAAUGCACAUGCUUAUGUUAACGAGGGUUACUCUGCAGCUUCUGUGGCUGAGGUUAGCAUCGAGUGGAGCAUUUAUUUUUUUCCAUAUUGUGGAGUCGUCGCUGGACCAUCGUUAGCUAACUUGGCUAGCUCGCCGGAUCCUGUUAGCUCAGUUAACCGAGCGGCUUCACUAACUAAACAGGAAACUAAGAAAUCAUGCCGAGUGAGGAGCCCUGUUUCCCCCGUGCCUAGCAGCCGCAGCAGGAGCUUGGUGCAGACAAAGUGGACUGUUUCUGGGGUUUGGUGAGAGGAGGGAUGGCAUUUCACGGCGCAGGCCGGCAGACCGUUUGUGGAGAUUUGUUUCCGGGCUCUGAGCUGGGCCACAAGUAUUUCUGUGUCAACUCCUCCUGUGGAGCCCCCUCCACGGGCCUCAGCGCUACUCCGUGCCUGACUGGACCCACUGCCCCAGCCGGGACCCCUCGUCACCCCACAGCCCUUGGAGGGAGCACUGGCGGCGGAGCGGCAGUGCCUCAGCCCUACAGCAACCCGGCCAGUGAGGUGCCCAGCCCUGCAGAGAUGGAGCCAGACCGUCCUAUUGGUUAUGGCGCAUUUGGUGUUGUCUGGUCUGUAACUGAUCCACGUGAUGGUCGUAAGGUGGCUUUGAAGAAGAUGCCUAAUGUCUUCCAGAACCUGGUCUCCUGUAAGAGGGUCUUCAGAGAGCUGAGGAUGCUGUGCUUCUUCAAGCAUGACAAUGUUUUGUCAGCUCUGGACAUUUUGCAGCCUCCACAAAUUGACUGCUUCGAGGAAAUCUACGUGAUAACAGAGCUGAUGCAGAGCGACCUCCACAAAGUGAUCGUGUCUCCUCAGCCUCUCACCACCGACCACAUCAAGGUCUUCCUCUAUCAGAUCCUUCGAGGUUUGAAGUACCUGCACUCUGCUGGGAUCCUGCACAGGGACAUCAAACCUGGAAACCUGUUGGUCAACAGCAACUGUCUCCUCAAGAUUUGUGACUUUGGCUUGGCGCGGGUGGAGGAGCCUGACCCGUCCCGUCACAUGACCCAGGAAGUGGUGACGCAGUACUACAGAGCGCCGGAGGUGCUGAUGGGCUGCAGACACUACGGCUCAGCCAUCGACGUCUGGUCGGUGGGCUGCAUCUUCGCAGAGCUGCUGGGACGACGCAUCCUCUUCCAGGCUCAGAGCCCCAUUCAGCAGCUCGAUCUGAUCACAGACCUGCUGGGAACGCCUCCUCUGUCAGCCCUGGCGUCGGCCUGCGAAGGAGCCAGAGCCCACAUCCUGAGGGGGCCGCACAAACCGCCGUCGCUGUCGGUGCUCUACAUGCUGUCUGAUGGAGCCACGCACGAGGCGGUGCACCUGCUCUGUCGGAUGUUGGUCUUUGAUCCGGCUAAACGAAUCUCUGGCAGCGACGCUCUCUCUCACCCAUACCUGGACGAAGGACGUCUGCGUUACCACACCUGCAUGUGUCAGUGCUGCUACUCUGUUCCCAGCGGGCGAGUCUACACACGAGACUUUGAGCCGGUCGCCGAGCGGCCGUUCAGUCACAGCUACGAGAACAGUCUGCUAUCCGUGUGGCAGGGAAAAGAGUUAAUCCAUCGCUUCAUCACGGAGCAUCAGCAGGGCAAACGGGUGCCGCUGUGCAUCAACCCUCAGAGUGCCGCCUUCAAGACCUUCAUCAGGUCCACUGCAUGGCACUCCUCCAAGGUGUCCAGGAAGGAGGAGAGAUGAACGGUCCUCCUCCUUUUGAGAGUCGACAGCUGAGUUUAAGAGAGGAUUUACUGGCCGAGAAAAUACUGAAGAAUUGGGUCUUUUUCUUCUUUUUCUUUUUUUUUUUUGUUUUUUUUUUUUUUUUUUUUACCUGGCGAGAUGCAAAGAGAAAACAACACUCCCAACAAAAGAGGGGGAAAACAGCUGACCCACCUGAGCGCCUCCAAAAAAUCCUCAACCUUUUUUUUUCACUUACAAAUCUACAAGGUUACCAGAAUAUGAAAACUACCGCUUCACUUUUUUUUAACGACCCAAACAGCUGAUGCUCGAAGCGUUUCCGGUGCUGAAUAUAAAAAAAUGCUGCUGAAGUGCUUGAGGAGGAAUAAGAAAGAGGAACUUGGUACUAGAUUGGACUUUCCAUCGAUGUUAGCGGAGACAUUGAGAAAUAAUGGUUUUAAUUGUUUGGUAGAAUUGUUGCUUAGUUGAUUUUUGAAGUCAUUCCAACCCUGUGCAAUAUGGUUUAAUUUAAACAAGCGGUAAAACACCCUGAGCGUGCUUGCUUGCCAACCGGAUUUUUUGGAAACUCACUUAAUGACUGGGUCAGAUGCCCCAAACACGACCCGCCAAAUAAUACGACACGAUUAACCGCCAGACACCGCCAAGGUUUUCCUUUUUUUUCUCUUUUCUCUCGGAAAUGCAUUUAAACACAUCACUCACUGUGUUUUCGACACGCCUCGACACGGCGUUAAUAAUGCAAUCUAACAGAUGUAGCAGGUUUUGACCACAGUCAGAGUUCCCCGGUGUUCCUCCACAUACAGUUAGCUUUGUUGUUGUUGUGUUUUUUACCGCAGCUUCUGUUUCCUCUCGAUGAGUUGUCUGGUCUUGGAUCAGUGUUGUUUUACCUUUAGGAACUUGGCUCAUUCAGCAGGAGAGAAAAAAAAACUCAUUCCCCCACAGUUUUUAAAGUCUGUGCGAUCACAAACUCUUUUAUUUUGAAAGUUACGACAGGAAAGUGUGACUGAAGAGGUGUUCCACGGAUAGAAAGAUGCCAAAAAUAUUUGGCACCUCUUUUUCCCUUUUUUGUUUUCUCUUUCCCAGCUCUACAUGUAUUAUUUUAACACACCACGUGGUUUUUACUUUCCUGCAGACCUCCUCGGCUUUGACAUUUUGUCCCACCAGUGGAGAGAGAAACAGGAAAUGACUUUUUUUUUCUUCUAAAUUUCUUAAUUUAUUGAGUGUUUGUUGAAGAGUGUGUGUCCUCACCCUUUUAGCAUCUCUGUUACCUCAGACCUCCCCUGAAAGACAAAAAGAACUGAUAUGUGCAUAUCUGUAAAGUGAAACCCUCCGUCACACCUUUAACGUCAUUCCUCCACAUUCAGUGACUACUUCCUCUUUUACCUCGUGCUCGCUCCUCGCCCUAGCUCCGCCGCUCAGAAUCAGUGUGAGGUUUUUGAGAGAAGGAUGUUGUCGGUGAAAUGCUGCUGUUUUUUGUUCUUUUAGUUUGUCGUUUUUUUACUUCCUGUUUUAUUUUAAGGCUCAGGUGUCCCGUUUUAUAGACUAUGAAAUGUACAAAGCCACAUAAGGACGCACCAGUAUUGAUCCUCGUGAUUUGAAUUAUCAGUAAAGAGCCGUAUCAGAUUCUGCACUGUAAGAUGUUCAGUGGAAGAUGCGAAUUACAUCUGAAUAGAUUUCUGUCCUGUGACGACAAACUGACUUUAGGGUCAAAUGCCAAGGUGUCUAAAUAAUCUACCAUCUGAUUGGGUUCCUUUUUUUCUUGUGUCACCGUGAAAUCCAAAGUGAACUCUGAUGGUUUUUACAUGUUUAACUUUUUAACUGCAACUUACUAAAUCGUCCUGAAAGUUUGGUUUGAGUUCAGUGAAUCGCGCAAAGAUGAGAAACUUUCUGCAGAUUGAU